UCUAAGAUAUAUAUAAUAUUAAAAAAAAAUGUUUUAUAAAAUAAAUUCUGUUGUUUUAAUUUUUCUAUAUGUUUUAUUUUUUAGAAAUGUUUUUGUAAAUACAAUUUUAAUUGGCAAAGAAGGAGAAAUAGAUAUUUGUCAGCCGUAUGAUAAUAUGAAUCGGUUAGAUGCAGAGAUGAUUAAGGAAGUAUGCUGUUUAAAUACUUCAAAUGAGUAUGUAAUGUGUAAGGAUUUAAGAAUGAGUUUGGUAAAUGAGAAAAAAAUUUUUGCGGAAAUUCGUUUGCGUUAUGAUGAUGACAGUACUACGAGAAAAGCAAAAAGCACAAUAAAUCUUAAAAUCACGUUUGGAAAAAAAAACAUCAUUUUAAAUUACAAAAAAGAACAGAAAUAUUACAAAUACAACGAAAUUGGUAUUAAUGACUUGCAGUUAUUUAUUCGAAACUUAGACGAAAAUAUUUAUUUUAAUGUAGUUAAAAUCUAUGAGAGUAAUGUUCCUAUUAUUAGAGAUUUAGUGAAUGAUACGGUUUAUGAUAAUGAAAUCAAAGAUCAACUUUCUAAUGUCCAAAAUUUAUUUUUAUGGAAAUACGCAAAAGAUGAUUUUGUUACAGUUGUAGAUUCUUCAUGUCCUAAUAUAACACUUGAAUAUUUCAUUCAUAAUUCAACAGCAUAUCAUAAAACUGUUGAACAAACUCUAACUACGGCAAUAGAUAUCAUGUAUUAUCGAACUGCCAAGUAUGCGUGUUUAUUAGUUGUAUACGCUUAUCAAUCAUUAAAUAUUUUUUCUGGACAAAACGAAAUUUGGAAAAAAAUAAUAAAUGUUUUACGAAUAUUGAGUAAAGCAGAAAAUAGUUUAAAGAACUAUAAAGAAGAAAGUCUUUUUUUGAUAAAUAUAUCAGAAAAAUUAAAACAGAUUAAUACAAAAUCAAGUAGUCGAUGUAAAUUGUUGAAUGAUUUGUCUUAUUUGGUCAGCAAUUUCGUAGCCAUUAUUUUAAAACCUAGUGGAAUUGAUACAAAAAUUAAUGAAAAUAUCACUCAUAUAAACAUGAAAACAUACAUAUUACCAGAAGAUAUAUCAAAAAAAAUAUUUAACGGAUUUCCCAAACCUCACGAAAACAACGUCAAUUCAUAUAUGUUUGAGAACAUACCAACUGCACUAGAUGAUAUAAAUAAAAACUUGUUUACAAUUUUUGAAUUAAUUGAAACAGAAUAUGGAAUAUUUUUAAUAGAAAAUGAAUAACUUUUAUCAGUUAUAUUGUAUAAUAAAUAUUUAUUUUCUAAAAACUUUUACAAUAAUUCAAUUAAACGUGUAAUUAAUUAUUUAUAGUAUCAU